AUGUCAUCUCAGCAAAUCAAAUCCCAGAGAGAGAAUGCAGUGAUUUACCAUGGAGAAGAACUAUGCAGGCAGAAAUUUUACGAACUGCUGGACAAUUUUUCUCUCCCACGCGGUGUCUUACCUGUCGAUAUGGUUGAGUUCGGCUAUAAUCAAUCCACUGGAUUCAUUUGGCUCAAGCAGGAGAACAAGAAAGUGCACAAGUUUCCCCUCAUUAACAAGACUGCCUACUAUGAUACGGAAGUCACAGCUUUUAUUGAAAAGGGUCGGCUCAGGAGUAUAACCGGCGUCAAGGGUAAGGAGUUUUGUGCUUGGUUUCGCCUUGGUAAUAUGCACAUCAAAGAUCCUUCCUCCGGCAAGAUUGAGGUUGCAAUCAUCGGUGGCCUGGGCACUACAUACCCAAUUUCAGCUUUUGAGCUCCAGGAUGACAAGGAUGAUGACCAGAAGAAGAGAAAUCAGGAUGACAAGAAGAAAAGAAAUGGGGAUGACAAGAACAUAAAUGAGGAUGACAAGGAUGAAGACCAGAAGAACAGAAGUGAAAAUGACGAGGAUGAUUGCCAGAAGAUCAGAAACAAGGAUGACAAGGAUGAUGGCCAGAAGAACCGAAAUUAA